AUGGUCAUAUGCAGCCCGAGGCGGCGACAAUUCGUGGUAGAAGUGCUGUCCGGCACAGGCUCUGGGUCAUACUGCGUAUGGCCACCGAUCGACUUGGGCUUCGAUUUUUGUGCCAGGGAGAAUUAUGGAGGUGCGGGUUCACGUCGUGUCUGGAUCCUUGGACGGGAUCAGGCAUGGACCGUCAAUCAGGGAGGUUACGAAUGGGUCCAAAUGGAUGUGAAGUUAAUCGCGAGUAUUAAGAUUUAUGAUGCACGUACAUGGGGUGGUAAGGUGGAGCGGCCAUCACAUAAUCGUCGGAGUCGGUGGAAGCAAGCCAGCGGCGCAAAUGAAAUCACAAAUUAUAACGUGAGAACAUUGCGUAAAGAGCUAUUCUUUUGCGCGUCCACGGAGCUCCUCCGACUGGCGUCUGAGAAGUGCAUCCGUGAACUUAUUGCGAGGCAAGAAGCUCAUCCUGAGAGUCCGCUCCAGCAAAAUCACACUCAGGAUGUCCGAAGGCCCACGUAUCAGCAACAAUUCGCCGGUUCUGCACGACGUGGAUACGUCAUUAAUAUCCCUGGUUCUGACGAAACUCGCUACGCUGAUUUUCAGGACUCCCUGCCAGUCAGGCGUCUCCGCCCCCCCCCCCCUCUUCCGCCCAUCCGCCCUGGAUAUAAAGUGCCGAAUAAUACACCAGCUCGUGUGGUUGACCCUACCCAGCAUGGCGCCUCGCAUUAUGUUGUGCAGCUCUCCUCUUCCUACCUUAGCCAGUGCCAAUCUCCUCACGAGCAAGCGCAGCACCAACAGGUGGCGCCCGCGGCAUUUCGGGCUCCCAUUAAUGUACCGCCUCCUUCCAUUUUCAAAGCCGCCCCUCCUUCGCGUCCUCCAGAGAUUCGUCGUCCACCUUCCUCCGAAAAAUCCUCAGUAGUUAUUCCGACAACACCUGCUAACCCACAGGCUCUUACUAGCGGGAUCAAUGAAGAUGUGGAGAUGUCGCCUGUUUCUAGCGCUGGAACUGCUACUCCCGCCACCAUGGGCGGGCCUUUCACACCAUACACAGAUCCGAGUGAAUUCCCAGCCUUAGUCGAAGAUGAGGAACAGCAAAAGACGAAAAAUCACAUCGCGCUGAAGAGAAUGGACAUGGCGCUAGAGGCGAGAACGCGGUGCAUUUUAACGAGGACUUCUAGCUCGUUACGCUCCACUGGUUACAAUGCACCGAACCUUUCUGGCGGUGCUUCCUGCCAGUUUACUUUGUCUUGA